AGGCUGUGUGCCGUGAGUUAGCGCAGGAAUGGCCGGUGUCAGGAGCAGGCCUCACGCAGGUCCCAACACGAUCACCUAGGGGCGGCUAAUGUGAUCAGCAAGCCAGGCCAUGUCACGGCUAGAGACGUGAUACUACGUGUAAAUGAAGGGAGAAGAAGGCCUUUUUUAUUCUUCUAAAACGUACAGAUUUCAUUCUGUGUGGUACACAAAAUGGCUGUAUCAAAGAUAAAAUACAGCCGCAAUAAAGAGGGGCACUUAAUGGCCCAAUCGUCAUCACUUUUACGUCUAUUGAGAGGGUAUUGUUUCAUUAAAUGUGACACGUGCAUUCGUAAGUUUUAAAGACACACGGUGCUAUUUGGUGAUGUGUUUUAUUCGAAAAAAAUAACGCCUGAACUUUCAAGUCGAAGUUAUUGAAGAGAGCUGAAUGAGACAGGCUCAGAUUGUCCCCCCCCACCGCCGAUGCAGCUUAAUCGAGCGAAGGGCCGGACUGAAAGCCGAUCAAAGCGGGUCAGUGUGGCUGGAAGAGCAUCCCUUCCUCACCCCACGUCCCGGUCUGAUGAAAUCUGAGAAGUGCCGACGCAGCAGCGCCGCGCUGAAUGAAACACUCUACGGCUCCCGAAGGCUGCCAGUGCUCGGCGGGACUGAACGCUGUCAGCCCGAGGGACUCCGGGCUCUGUCAGCAAGCAACAUGGCCAAAGUAAACAGCGGUUCCUCCGGUUGUCGGGCCAUGGUCAUGGCCAGAAAGUACCUGUCGAGUCCGUCUCUCUCAGUCAUGACACGGGGUUCCGGCCAGCGGCAGCGCAGGAUGUUCGGUCCCCAUCGCCGUAUGGUGGGCUCCGACGCGGCCGGCACGGGAGGAAAGACCGCGGCUUCGGCCCAGCAGGAGCACCUGGGGUACUUCUCGGCCGCAGACCGGCAUGUGCUGACGAACCGGAAUUUGAUUUACCGGGACGUGAAGGCUUUUCUCAAUGAGGUCGGCGGAGACCCCCGGGAGGCUCGCUACUGGCUGACGCAGUUCCAGAGAGCGACUUCUUUCCAGGCUCCUGCCUUUGCCGUGCUGGAGGUGGACAGCUCGGUGUUCGACAGCAGGGAGAUGGUUCAGAGCCUGGCCUUUGGGCUCUCCUUCUUGCAGAGGAUGGAUAUGAAGCCCGUGGUAGUGAUGGGCUGGUCUGAGUACAGGGAGACGGGGCCUGCCGAACCGGUUGCCGGGUCUUGUUGCAGCCGAAGGCUGGUGGAGCGGAGCCAGCAGCUGACCGAGGCUCUGCAGCAGCACUCGGCCACCGUCCUGCCAUUCUUCUCCGCCGAGUCCUUACUCCUACUGCAUGAAGCACCGCGAGGCAGCAGUGUUCCACCCUAUGUUGCUGUAGACAUCAACCUCCUCCAGUGGAGUCUGGACUGCGGGACAAUCCCGUUGGUUUGUCCGGUGGGGAGGGACGGCCGAGGUUGCUCUGUAAUGUUGGAGCCGACAGAGGUGACAGCGGCAAUUUCCAGAACCUUGCAGCCCCACAAAGUAAUGUUCCUGAACAACUCAGGAGGCCUCUGCAGCCACGAGCACAAGGUGCUGGGCACGGUGUCGUUGCCUAGCGACCUCCCCGGUCUGUCGGUGGCAGCAUGGCUGAGUGCUGCGGAGCGCCACAGAGUGACAACGAUAGCCAGACUGCUCAACCACCUGCCGACCGAGUCCUCUGCGGUGAUCACCUCUGCCGACACACUGCUGACCGAGCUCUUCAGCCACAGAGGGUCUGGGACACUCUUUAAAAAUGGAGAUCCCAUACACCGAUACAGCUCCCUGGAUGGGAUUGAUGUGGAGCGUCUGCUGGCUCUAAUCAACAAGUCAUUUGAUAAAACUCUGAGGCGAGACUACAUUGACUCUCUGAAAGGACGACUGCACUCCAUCUACCUCUCUGAAGGGUACAGUGCGACAGCCAUCAUCACCACGGAGCCGGUGAACAGCGGCACCCCCUACCUCGACAAGUUUGUGGUGAGCAGCAGUAAGCAGGGACAGGGCACCAGCCACAUCCUGUGGGAGUGUAUCAGACAGGACCUGGGCAAACUGUUCUGGAGGUCUAGAGCCACCAACAAGAUCAACCCCUGGUACUUUAAACAUUGUGACGGGAGCUUUGUUAACGGGGUGUGGACCGUCUUCUGGUUCGGCCUGACAGACAUCAGAGAUUCCUAUGAGCUGGUGGAGCACGCCAAGAACCUUCCUGACUCUUUCCAUGCCUCGUCUCUCACCGCUUCCCAGCAGAGCCUCCCAGCUGAAGCAGGAUCCUGAACGGCCUCUUCCCAGCGGCCUGUUAUUAGCGCUGUAGUAGUCUUGGCUCCGAGGCUCUGGACUUUCUCUUUGUUUAGCCUGAGAGCUAGCUAUAGAUACUGUUUUCUCAUUUUUGCUCUGACUGGUCUUUUUCCUGUUCUGGAUUUUUUGACUCGGGUUUUUCUCUACCGUGAAACUUCAAAACCAAAGCUGGUGUGUUGUGGAGAAUUUCAUGCAUGCAGUAUUUUGACAAGCUAUAAAUCAUCCUCUAUUUUUAAAGCUGGUUAUAGCUCUAAGCAUUCUAGUGAUUAUAGCUGAGGGUUUCAGGGGUAUUUCCACUUUGCUAAGAAACACCUAUAGCAUGUACACACUUUGCAAGUCUGCCUCAUUUGAAAAGGCAACUUUUGUUGUCUCUUCACCAGACAAAAUGGGUGUUUUUCCCACCUAAAAUGCUUCCCAGAGUGGAGAAAUCUCAACACUAUGGUCUUACUUUGUAACGCGGACCAGGAAAACUGUAGUUUUCCAACACGAGUGCUUGUGUUUGCCUUCACGAACACUGCCAGGUGCUGUUUUCGCCUCCAGGUAUUUCUGUAUUUGUUUAUUUUGAAUGCCAAUACAUCUAAGUGCACAAUACAGGUGUUAUUAAAGGGGCAGUCCACUGAUUUUACUCUUCACAAUGUCUUCUGUGGCUCUAGGAGGAGCUGUUUAUAGUGUAAGAAAACAAUCCUGAUCCUGAGUCAUCUUGGCUCUGGCUCCGAAACCAAACACUUUGACUGACAGACUGCAUUACAAUUGGGUAUGUGGACCUUUCUUUUUCAAAUUUGUGCCGUGCAAAUCCCCCUGAAUAAAUAGCUGGAUAUUCCCUUUAAUCUGUUCACAAACAUAAAAUGGUGACAAAAAGUAGAAAAGAGAGGAGGUUUUGCCAGGAGGUGAUUGUCUUGCCUGGCAGAAUUUUGAGAGCGGUUGUUUUUUUGGCAGCCGCUCAGUAAAAAUAGCUUUUCUUUUCCUGGUUCUCAUGCACCUCUUAAAUGCCAAAGUGAGUGAUUGCGUGUAAUAUUCGGGUCAUUAAACCACUUUCGACCAAGCACUCCACCGCCUAUGUGCGGGUACAGUAUUUACCAGGCAUCUCAGAAUCACACUGACUUUCACUAAAGAGAAAGUAAUAUCAGUAAUAUUAAGCAUUAAAGUCAUAGUUAUAAUUAAUUAAUCUGAAUUAAUUUUAGCAUAUUUUUGCAUGCAGUGGGCUCAGACUUUUGGGCUCCACUGUAUAACCUCGGUAUACACACAAAACCUAGAAAUAAAAGGGUAUCCAAGGGUCAUAAAAAGUCUUACAAAGCACUGAAUUGAGUUUCUUCAAAAAAAUUCCUUAGAGGGAAUUAAAAAGUGUUCAACAUGUUCUCUUGCCUGCCACAGGUAGUAAUGUCCGUUCUAAAAUUGUUUUGUAUGGGAUUAUGGGCUGGGACUGUGGCUGCCCCUGGGUUUUCAUCAUACUUUCAUACUGUAGACUAUAUGAUAAUUGUAUUUAGGUUACCUUUUGGGGUGAUUGCGAGAUAGUUAAUAAGUACAUGUAAUAUGUAAAGAUAAACUGAUACUGUAUAUCGUAUACAGUAUCAUUUUAUGUAUAUUUUAUUUCUUUUUUUCUUAGCAUUUUUAUUGAAGUAUCACAGUUUUGUAUUUUUACUGAUAAAUUUUAGCCUGAUAAUACUUGAUCUGCUAUUUGUCAGUCCAGACGAAUGACAUUUCUACAGACUAGUUUUCAUUCAGCAGCUUUAGGUAUCUGCUGAUUGUCUACAGUUGUAGUAUCCUGACUAGACCAUUUUACCUUCAGAGGGGGGGUCAGUUCAGUUUUGGUUUUGACCUGUUGGUGAAGCUUUCAGAUCAGCAGUGUUUACGCAGGCAGGUUAAGAUGAUCACUAAAGAAAGAUGCAGGAUGAUGGACUGGGAUUACUGAUUUCAAAUGUAUUUAGACUUUUGUUUUUUGUUUUUGUUUUUUAACCUGUGCUACGAGUCAUCGUCCCCUUGGCAAGCCUGUUGACGCUUACUGGCAGUCAACACUUGGAACGGGACACUACUACACAACUGAUGAUCUAAGAGAUGAAUGAAUAAAAAAAAAAAAAAGAGAGAAAGAAAUGUGUGCACACUUUAGCCUUGUACUUUGUUGUAGAGGAAGUAGCAAAGAAUGAAGUUCAUCUGAUGUGUAUGCUCCAGUAUCCUUUUAUGACUUUGGAGAAAUCGUUCUAAUAAUAAACCAGGAAGUUUUACUUCAA